CAAAAACUGGCAGUCAAGCCCAAAAAGACCCAAUUGUGAGAGGAAUCUGUCUCAAAAUCUAAAACCUAUUCCUAAUUUUAGUUCAUAGUUUAUACAAUCUAAGACCCAUUCUUCCAUCGUUUGCAGACUCAGCUUUCUUCAAUCCUGCAUUCCACUGCAGGCGGUAGAAAAGCCACACCCAAUUCUGUCAUUGACCCCUUCUAUCUUCUUCCACUCAGCCUUUCCAAAAUCUUCAAUGGCGGCUGCUCUGAGCUCUCCUUCCACCUACCUUCCUCUUUUCAGGUGUUAGCAUCGCGGCGGUGAUGGAAGAGCCGGGGCAGCUGAAACGGACGAUUAUUGAUGCUACGGCCGGGGCAAUUUCUGGCGCUGUUUCCCGGACCUUAACUUCGCCGCUUGAUGUCAUCAAGAUUAGAUUCCAGGUUCAACUGGAGCCCACUUCUACAUGGGAUUUACUUCACAGAGACUUGCACACAAGAUCAAAGUAUACGGGGAUCUUACAAGCAUCCAAGGACAUCUUUAGAGAAGAAGGGUUUUUGGCGUGGUAAUAUCCCAGCUUUACUUAUGGUUAUGCCAUAUACUGCCAUACAGUUUACGGUGUUACACCGAUUGAAAACAUUUGUAGCUGGUUCAUCCAAGGCAGAGGAUCACAUUCAUUUGAGCCCUUAUCUGUCUUAUGUCAGUGGGGCAUUGGCAGGAUGUGCGGCUACUGUUGGGUCGUAUCCAUUUGAUCUUCUAAGAACUAUAUUAGCUUCACAGGGUGAGCCUAAGGUGUACCCAACCAUGAGCUCUGCAUUUGUGGAUAUAGUCAGAACUCGUGGCUUCCAAGGGUUGUAUGCUGGGUUAUCACCAACGCUGGUGGAGAUUAUACCAUAUGCUGGGCUGCAGUUUGGCACCUAUGAUACGUUCAAGCGCUGGACAAUGGCCUGGAAUCGGCACAGAUCUUCUAGCACCAGUGUAAAUGGUACAGAUGAUGGCCUUUCGAGCUUUCAGCUUUUUUUGUGUGGUUUAGCGGCUGGCACGUGCGCCAAAACAGUGUGCCAUCCACUUGAUGUGGUCAAGAAGAGGUUCCAGAUUGAAGGACUACAGAGGCAUCCGAAGUAUGGGGCAAGAGUUGAGUUCCAUGCUUAUCGAAGUAUGUCUGAUGCCCUAAGCAGGAUCUUGCGAAGUGAGGGUUGGGCUGGCUUUUACAAGGGCAUUGUUCCUUCAGUUGUCAAAGCUGCACCUGCUGGUGCUGUAACAUUUGUGGCAUAUGAAUAUACAUCCGACUGGCUAGAAUCCAUCUUGACUUGAGGCUGACCCCAUUUUGUUUUCACCCCACUUUUGGGUUAAAUCUCAUUCAUUUCUUUUUUUCCUUUUUCUUUGUAUUUGAAUUUUGGAAGGCUCAUUUUUUAUUCCAUUUGAUUUAGUUAUUAUUUAUAGGCUAAAGUCUAUAGCUGUAGCAGGGCAUAAUUUGAAUUUAGGGAGAGAGAGGACAUGUUUAAUCACAUGCAACUGUAUCCGGGAAUUGUAUCUUUUCCAUCAAUGAUAACGUGUUAAAAAUUAAAUUUUAAAUUUCAA